AUUGACAGGUGGAAAGGGCUGAACUCCAGGCGCGUAUAGCACUACUGCAGGGCGAGAGGAAAGGCCAGGAGAACCUGAAGAAUGAUUUGGUCCGACGGAUCAAAAUGUUAGAGUACUGUCUCCGCCAAGAGAGAGCCAAAUACCAUAAGUUAAAGUUCGGUUGCGAUCCGCCAAACAUGACCGCCCCUAACGACGAGCUCAAAGAACUCAACUCUGAUCUCGAAGAGUCCCUCAUGAGUGAGUCCGGCGGACAGACAUCUGUCAACUGGAAACAGGGAAGACAACUAUUACGACAAUAUUUACAAGAAAUCGGUUACACGGAUACGAUAAUAGACGUGCGCUCUAAUCGAGUCCGUAGUCUAUUAGGUCUGACGACGAAUACGAGUUUAGAGGACUCGCAGAUUGUGGGUCAGGACUCCGGCGACGGAUCCAAUCGCAAACUGAACGAUACGGACGUCGAGAACUAUAAGACACGAUUAGUUCGGAGAGAUCUGAACCGAAACGCGUGGAAACCCGAGCAGACGAUUGUGACGGACGCCGAGGCCAGCGUUUUGGCCACAUUUGAGUUCCUUAACGAACAAAGAGAGGGACGUAAUAACGAAGAGGGGGACGAGGAGGAGGACGAAGAGGACGGCUGCGAGGAUAUCGACACCGCCAGGAAUGCGGGCCCGUAUGCCAUCGAUUCGGAGACCGAAGAGGUUUUGGCCGAAUUCGACUUCUUGUCCACUCAUCCG